CCCCUUCUCACUGGCACCAGCAAGGUCCUUCGCGUAGUGUGAAUCGUUCGCUGAGGCUUCCACCCAAGCAUUUCUGCCAGAGGUCCUAUGUUUCAAAUUGACAAGCUUUCAACGGUUCAACGUCUCGCACGCGGUUUUUUUUUUUUUUUUUUUUUUUCAAAGUUUAUUCUGAUUUCUUUUCAUUCCAUUUUGUCUUCCUCGUUUUCGGAUCCAUGGCCAAGCGCUGCCUACUCGUCCAGGAAGCGACUGCUAGGCUGCCUUAAUCUCAAGCACAAGCCCAGCUGAAAGCCUCCCGUUUUCAAAAGAAGCCUUCAAUCCCUUGGAAGGACUCUUCAGACGCCAUGGCGGACAACGAGGGUCCAUGGAACGGGCAGUGGCACUUGCUGCAGGGCCAGCAGCAGGAGCAAGCGGAGGAGCAGCAGUGGCGGCAUCACGAGGUGCAGCCGCAGCUGUUCGGCCACCUGCUGGGAGGGCAGCACCUGGAGGGCGACGCUGAGCAGAGAGGAGCGGAGACAGUAGAACAUCAGACUCAGCAGCAGCAGCAGUGGCAAGCGGGAAGCGGUGCUCCAGGUCAGCUAGCUGCGCCCGUUCUGCAGCACCCAUCGGGCCAGUCUUUAUCUAAACCCCUCAACUUCCUGUCUGAAAUGAAUCACUUUCACAUGGCUGCUGGCGCCGCUGGGUGGGGCCCGGCAGCAGCUGGAACUGAAGGGGGAGCUGCACCCAGAGCAGCACCAGCACCAGCAACAGCAGCAGCAGGAGCAGCAGCAGGUGCAUUGGCGUUACCAGCGUUACCAGCAGCAUCAACAUCAGCAGCAGGAGCGUCAAGAGCACUCGUUGUCCUAGGGGACAAUCAGAACUCCUCUCCUCUUGCCCUGCCCACACCAGGCGGCAACAACCCCAACCAACUCAAAUCGAACUCUGAUUCCAAAUCCCUCUCCGGAGGCUCGGGAAUCGCCCAGCCUGCCGAGCCUGACUCGAACACCGCAGUAACCAGCGCCAAGGCUGCGUCCGGCAGCUGCGGCGGGGACCCGAAGCUGUUCCGAGGCGUGCGGCAACGGCACGAGGGCCGGUGGGUAGCAGAGAUCCGGUACCCCAAGAAACGGUCCCGCGUGUGGCUGGGGACGUUCAACACCCCGGAGGAAGCCGCCAGGGCGUAUGACCGUGCUGCUGUGAAGCUCCGCGGCCCCAAGGCCAGAACCAACUUCCCUCAUCCCGCUCUGGCGGAGUGGCAGCCGUUGCCAGGGUAUGUGGGGGUUGAGAAGGCGAUUACUGAGGCUCGGGAGAGAGGUGGGGGGGAUGUGGGUGCGGGGGGCGUGGCUGGAUGGGCUCCAGGGUCGGGGUUUAAUGCUGGGAACUCUGGGGGGGGGCAGGGGUUAGGGAACCGGCAGCUGGUGGUUGCUUCUGGGGGGGGUGGUACUGGGGGAGGCUUGGUGGGGGGAAGUGCGGCAGGGGGUUCUGGGGGGAUGCUGUCAGCAGUGGGGACGGGGACUGGGAUUGACGGUGGUGGAUCAUUAGGUGGGGUGGGAGAAGGGCAGGGAGGAGGAGGAGGAGGGAGUGGAGGUGGUGGUGGUGAUGGUGGUGGUGGUGGGUUGGGAGGGAUAAUGGGGCUUGAUGGGUGCACACUGCAGCAGCUGCAGUCGCUGGGGAUUCCGCCCGUGAUCGUGGGUGCAUUGCACCAGCAGCAGCAGCAGCAGCAGCAGCAGCAGAAGCAACAACAGCAGCAGCAGCAACAGCAGCAACAACAACUUCUUCUUCAGCAGCAGCAGCAGCAGCUGUCAAUGCAACGCCAACAACAGCAACAACAAGAGCAAGAACAACAACAAGAGCAGCAGCAGCAGCUUAUGGGGGCAUUGAGCAACCAAGGAGGAGCAGGCGGGGGCAGGAGACUAGACGCCGGCGGAGCAGCAGCAGGGGGGGCGUUGGGAGCAGCAGCAGCCGAUCCCGCCCUACAGCGAGCCCUACUAGAGCUGCUGGUUGCAAAUGCAGGCGGGGCGGGGGGUGCUGCUGUGUCUGAGCGGAUUCUCCUGCUGUCGCUGCAGCAGCAGCUGGAAGCGCAGCAGCGCCAACAGAUGCUGCAGGCGCUAGGGCAAGCGCAGAGGGGGGGAAUGGGGCAAGGGCAGGGGGGGGGGAUGACGCAAAAAGGGGGGGGGAUGGGGCAAGGAGGUAUGGGGCAAGGCGGUAUGGGGCAAGGAGGUAUGGGGCAGCAGAAGAUGUUCGGGCAGCAGCAAGGGCUUGGUCAGGGAGUUUCCGGGCAGCUCGGCGGGCGGCAGAUGGGCCUAGGGCAGGCUAACUCUGUCUUGCAGGGGCUCGUACAGGGGCAACGGCAGGGGCAAGGGCAGGGGCAAGGGCAGGGUCAGGGGCAAACUGUAGGGGAAACAGAUAAACAGGGGAAGCGAUUGAAAAGAGACGAUACAAACAACUCUGAGGAGUCUUCAACUGGGGUUAGUGGCGCUGGGGGUGUUGCUGCUGCCCCUGGUGGUGGUGGUGGUGGUGCGGCAAGUGUGGGCAAUGCGGCAGGAGCAACAAGCGUGUCUGCUCAUCGGGGUUUGGAUGGGGGAGGUGCGAACUGGCAAGGGGGAGAUGGUAAAUCUUCCAUGCUUCAGCAGCUUUCUGGCCAGGCGUUUGCUCCUUCUACAGGCUCCAUGGGAGGACCUCUGAAACAUAACCCGCAUCAGCAGUCUCCCCAACAACAACUCCAGCCUAACCAGCUGCUGUCUCCCCGGCAACAAGUGCAGAAUCAGCAGCAGCAGCAGAAUCAGCAGCAGCUGCAGAAUCAGCAGCAGCUGCAGAAUCAGCAGCAGCUGCAGAGUCAGCAGCAAUCACAGAGUCAGCAACAUCAGCAACUGCAGCAUCAGCAGUUGACAGAAUCCCAUCUGUUGCAGGCCAGUCAGCAGUUGCAGCUGCAGAAUCAACCCUUGAACCAGGUGCAACAUCAUCAGCAGCAUCCACAGCAACAACUGCAGCCGCAGCAGCAGCAGCACCUGCAGCAACAGCAGCUGCAGCUAGCACAGCUGCUUCAGCAGCAGCAGCAGCAGCAGCUUCUAGCAGCGUUCCUGCAGCAGCAUGGGGGCAGCAACUUUGGUGGCGGCAGCAGCCGCGGCGGCGGCGGCGGCGGUGGUGGUAGUGGUGGUGGUGGGGGUGGCGUUGGUCCCAGUGGUGGUGCUAGUGACACUGGAGGGGGCAUAAUGGAUCAGCUGUUUCUGCAGCAGGCCAGACCAAAAUAGGAGUCUAGUUUUGAGGCGCCGCGAAACUAAACUCCUAUCAGGUGGUGGUGCUGGCGACACUGGGGGGGGGCUCACGGAUCAGCGAUUUCUGCAGCAGGCCAGACCAAAAUAGUAGUAGGUCGCUAACUACAGCCUGAGCUUGGACUUCUCACCACUAGCUCUCUCCCUCCUACUGUACUGCUCCGUAACCUCUCAGCCAUGUAGCCUCAUCUCACUACAUAGUCGAUCAAUUCAAGCCUGAUCCGAGCCUCACAUGCCCUGGAGAAAUAGGUCUGGAGAAACAGGCCUGGAUGAACAGGCCUGAGAAUCAGGUCUGGAGAAACAGGUCUGGAGAAACAGGUCUGGAGAAACAGGUCUGGAGAAAUAGGUAUGGAGAAACAGGUCUGGAGAAAUAGGUCUGGAGAGAUUGCGAAGAGGUCAUGCCUGUGCAAAUCAAUGCGAAGGGAGGGAGGCGGAUCUGAGGAUUCUGAAAGCCCCCUGGAGAAGAUAACUGGUCUCUGAUGCAAGGGGAGGUUUGAGUCGGAGGCUGUAGAAGGGGAUGAGUGGGA